AUGGGUGUAGUUAAUCUGCUUGCUGGUAUGGGGGCGGGACCAACAUCUGAUAUUGGACUGUUUCCACUGGAUUCGUUGAAAACGCGCAUGCAGUCGGGUAGCUAUGCUGCAAAGGCAACAGAAAAACCGAGUUUAGGGAGGGGCAUUGGCAUAGCCAUGGUGGGUUCUUCCUUGACGUACGGUACUCACUGGACUGUGUAUGAAUAUUUCAAAAGACAUCUUUCGCCGCUUUGCCAGGGGAACGAAGCAGCUAUUCCAUUUGUCUCACCCACAGCUCAAAUCAUAUCUUCAAGCAUCCGAUGCCCCUUUGAAGUGAUAAAACAACAUCUACAAAUCGGCAUUUUUUACGACACAAAAUGCGCCUCCGGAGGAGUCCGCGCCUUCUAUACCGGCUAUAAAAGCCUCCUGUACAAAAGCAUUCCCUACGAUGCAAUCGAGAUGACACUCUACGAAAUCUUCCGGAAGUACUACAAGCGCGUUUUCAAAACCGCGGACGACACUUCGCUCGUUAUGUCCGUCUCUUCGGGCUAUCUUUCUUCGGGAAUCGCGGCGUUCGUCACGACACCGAUGGACGUCGUCAAAACGAGGAUGAUGCUCUCCGCCGCGGAACGAAAUCCAGAGACAUCCGUGAUUCAGAUGUUUCGGAAGAUCUAUCGGGUUUUCGUGGUGGAAUUGGACGAAUUGUAG